AUGACCAAGCAGAACCGUAGACGGAAGAAAGGGCAGGCGAAGGGAACGGAGUCGAACGCUGCGCAGCGCGUUAUCAAAGACUUCUUUGGCGUGCAGCACGGCGAGCGGUCCAGCGGCACGACGGUCGACCAAGAGCUGAAGCAGGAUAAGGAUAUCAGUGGCGCAGUCGUCGAGCAGGAGCAGCAGCAGCAAGAGGAAAAUGAAUCUUCGAGGAGAGAAGAGGUGCCAUUGGCUAGGUCCUGCUAUUAUUGCCAGAGGACGAGGACCUUGUGCCGUGGCGGACAACCAUGCCCACGCUGCCGCAAGGACAGUGUUGACUGCGUUUACGACCCUUUCUCCGUUGAGCAACUCAUGUUCGUGAAGACGACGGGCAGCCGCAACAUGAACAAGCAGCUCACAGCAAGGCACAUCGUCUUCGGUGAUCUCCCUCAUGACACAGCAUUUCCUCCAAUGUCAGUCUGGGUAGCUGCUGAGUCUCGGCGCUGGCAGGGAACGAUCUUGUCGGCGGAUGAGGCAUUCACCCUGGUCUACAACGAUUACGUUCUUCGCGGCCAAGCCACGCCUAGAGGCAGGAUGAGAUUGUACAUGGGAGUAGCGAACAAGAUCGUGCAAGGCUCGUGUACGUCCCAGCUGCCACUGAUCGUCCAGGCCUCCGAAUGGUCGGCUGCGGACAUCGCCAACUACAGGUCAUGGAAACCUGCAACACAGCUUUUCGCGAGCAAUGCAGCCAUUCCACGCAGGGAUGACACUCAAAACACAGAAGUGAUCACCCUACGCUUUAUGAUACCCGACCUGCGGAGCCUUGAUGCCCUGCCAUACGCAGGCCAGCUCAGCCGCAUCGCUUUCUGCUCUUCAACGUCGGUGGCGGCCACCCGCGCAGACGAAGGCAUGUUGGUGGUCCUCUACCUGGAGGACAGAUUCGUGGUCGCCACGAUGCCGGACCUCCUUCACGAGAGUCGGAGGAUUGUCAGGUCCACCAUCGCAAACGUCAGCGCCGACGACGGACUUACAGGGCAGGGGCCGUGCUGGUACGUCUACCAGGAUAGUGGCGGUCGGUGUGAAGUCCAUUGGUUCUAUAACCACGGCUCCGCGGAGUGCAAGCAAUGGGCGCGCGCCCGCACAGUAGGCACAGGAGUGGGAGAUCUCGGGGCACUUCACUCACGCCUAAUGUCCGAGUUCCUUCGCGACGUGCCAGAGCGUCGCACAAAGCGCUUGGCGGACGUUUUCCAGAGCGUGUGCUCGGGGUGA